UUGUUUGUUUUGUUUUUUGCAAGUUCACGUGUUUCAGUUCUCUAGAUUCCAUGGAUGAGUGAAAUCAUUGGGUAGUUGUCAGAGAUGCAUUUAAAAAAGUGAUUUACUGGCAUUUGGUGAAUUCACUAAGUUGUGCAAUGUUAUUAUUCAGACCCAAAAGAUUUGUUUUUGAACACAUGCUUGAGUGAUGGAGGUGCUCUGGAGCUCAAACCUUGGUCACAAAUAUGGCAAAGUAGAUCUACUACCCAGCUGAGCUGAUUUUGUCAUCCCUAAAAUGACAAACCCUGUUGGAGAUUAUGUUUUUGUGAAUCAAAGGAGACGGGACAGUGGUGAGAAUGUCUGCUUUCAACUGGAAGCCCUUCGUGUAUGGAGGGCUGGCCUCCAUCACCGCAGAGUGUGGAUUGCCCCUGCAAUGUUACGCCAGGCUUCCUAUGGCACCAUCAAGAUUGGCACUUACCAGAGUUUGAAGCGAUUAUUUGUUGAGCGCCUUGAAGAUGAAACCCUGCUGAUAAAUGUGAUCUGUGGUAUUCUCUCUGGAGUCAUAUCAUCAGCCAUUGCUAAUCCAACUGAUGUUUUGAAAAUACGGAUGCAAGCACAAAGCAACACCAUUCAAGGAGGAAUGAUUGGUAACUUCAUUAAUAUUUACCAGCAAGAGGGAACAAGAGGACUAUGGAAGGGUGUGUCCCUUACUGCUCAGAGGGCUGCUAUUGUUGUUGGCGUGGAGCUCCCAGUCUAUGACCUCACCAAGAAGCAUCUGAUUCUCUCUGGCCUGAUGGGGGACACUGUAUAUACCCAUUUCCUAUCAAGCUUCACCUGUGGUCUAGCUGGGGCUGUGGCCUCCAACCCUGUGGAUGUGGUGAGAACACGCAUGAUGAAUCAGAGAGUGCUUCGCGAUGGCAAGUGCUCUGGCUACACAGGUACCCUGGAAUGCUUACUUCAGACAUGGAAGAAUGAAGGCUUUUUUGCACUUUAUAAAGGAUUUUGGCCAAAUUGGUUGAGACUUGGUCCUUGGAAUAUCAUUUUCUUUGUGACGUAUGAGCAGUUGAAGAAACUGGAUUUGUGACAAAUCUGGGUUGCACAAAACAUCCCCCAGAAAGCACUCACGUCUGAAACAGUAAAGCUUCCUGUGCCCCACACUGCUUCUCACUGUUUGGCUGGUCAACGGGCGCUGAGGUGUGAGCAGCCACAAGGGCUUGGCUGGUGGUGCACAGUGUCGUGCGUUGCCUUCAGAAGCUCUGUACCAGACACCUACUGAUAGCAGCUAUAACUCCCAAACACCAGUUCUCACAAUUCAAGUGCCCUUUCACAUAAAAGAUAGAAAUGCAUGUUUCUUGCUGAAGAAGAGACCAGUCACCCUGUACUGUUUUUUUUUUUUUUUUCUUUCUUUUUUUUCCAGGGCAACUUAGAGCCCAGGUGUCUCAGUUGGUACCUGAGAAUGCAGAUGGUUCUAAAGAAGCUCAUCAGAACCAUGGAAUUCAAGAGAAUAACAUUGUUUCUAAACCUCUGGGGGCCUUUUUGCUUCUUGUCAACUGAAGAAAUCUCACAUUUGCAACCAUUAGUUGUAAACUGUACAGGAUACAGGUCCCUGGAAUAUUGCACUGUUUUCUUUUUCUACUUGGGCAGAAUCUUUCACUUAUAGUAAGUGACUUUAAGCUUUUGAAGACUUGACCCUUGUGAGGAUUUGUUACAAAGUAUUAAUAUUCAAGUCCUUGGUGAUGAUGAUGAUGAUGAUGAUGUGUGUGAUGUAUUACUGACUUUGAAGGAGGCAUCGUCUGUGUUGAUGGGAGGUAUUUUCAAACAGCCUGGGUUCUUCUGUCUUAGAAAAUGUUAGUGGGGUUGGGCGGUGGCGCAGUGGGUUAAGCGCAUGUGGCGCAAAGCACAGGGACCGGCGUAAGGAUCCCAGUUCGAGCCCCCAGCUCCCCACCUGCAGGGGAGUCACUUCACAUAUCAAGGUAUGCACCCUACCUUGAGCACUAUCUCCUCCCGUACCCCUUCCCACCCCCACCAGUGCAGUACAUUAAAUGCAGACCAACCAUAGCUCUAGGACAGUCACUUAGGGAGGUAGAGGAGGUAGAGAAUAGUUCACUGGGCAGGGCUCUUGCGUUGUCAUGUCUGUGACCCAGUUUUGAGCUUCACACUUGAUAGGUGAUACAGCAGUGGAAGAAGCUGUGGUACUGUGGUGCCUCUCUAUUUCUUUCUCUUUCUCUGCCUCUAUUUGAGGAAGAGAAAGAGAAAAAAUGGCCCAGAGCAGUGAAAUUGCACACUAAUGAGGCCAGAUUUCACCCAAAUGAUUAUUUUUUCAAGUAGUUCAAGGGGACAGAUUCCUAGUUUUUCGCCUCUGGGGCUGCUCCCUCAGAUUAGAAGGAACACAGAUUUUUCUUGGGCAUUUUCUUCCUAGUCACUUUCACUUUGUCUUCUUUAUUAGUGUUUACUUUGAAAAAAACUGAAGCAGAGUUUUAUUGCCAGAAGGAAGAACUAGCUGAAUUACUAAAUACAGGAAGAAAUGGAUAGGGUGAUAACACAGUGGUUAUACAAAAGGACUUUCAUGCCUGGGGUUCUGAGGUCCCAGGUUCAAUCCCCAGCACCACCAUAAGCCGGAGUUGAACAGUGCAGUGCUCUGGUAAAAACAAGCAAACAAAAAGUAGCAGCAGAAUAAGUAGGUAUUAACUGCUUCAAGACUGAGACACAAGUCCAGAGCUCCCUGUUCCACUCUACAAGUGACAUUGUACAGCUAAGCUUAUUGAGACCUCGCUCUGUACCUGAGCCAUAUCUUUAGCGAUUUAUUCCUUUUUUACCAAAACAUUCCUUUGAUAGGUGGUAAGGCUAGACAGUUUGCUUUUGAGUUCAUUAAGAAAAAAAAAAUUAUGAACUACUCUAUGUGGAAAGCACUUUAAUUUUCUGAAGUGUGCAUAUACUUCUGCAACAGUAAAGAGAAGCCAGUUCAUUUUGAGAAGACUAUGUAGAAUGAUUGCUGCAAUAGCCAUCCUUUCAUUUUAUUCAGAUUAAGUCUGUAUCUUUACCAGGAGGAAUAUAAAUUCAAACAUCACUGCUAAACUUAAGCACACCUGUAUUUUUAAAUUUUAUUCAUUCAUAUUUUUGGAUAGAGACAGAAACUGAAAUGGAGUAGGGAGGUAUGGAAAGAGAGAGACCUGUGACACUGUUUUCACCACUUGUGAAGCUCCCCCUACCCCAGGCUAGGGUUGGGGGCUUGAACCUAGGUCCCUGUGUAUUGUAACAUGUAUGGUCUACCAGAUUCAUCACCGCACAGCCCCAUACAUAGUUUCUUUAAAAACUUUUUGUGGCACUGGUGCCGCACAUAUUUGUGACUCUACCAUUCCCAGUUGACUUUUUCUUUCUUCCUCUUUCUUUCUUUCUUUCUUUCUUUCUUUCUUUCUUCCUUCCUUCCUUCCUUCCUUCCUUCCUUCCCAGUUGACUUUUUCUUUCUUUCUCUUCCCCUUCCUUCCUUCCUUCCUUCCUUCCUUCCUUCCUUCCUUUCUUUCUUCACAUAUUUGUGACUCUACCAUUCCCAGUUGACUUUUUCUUUCUUUCUCUUCCCCUUUCUUUCUUUCUUUCUUUCUUUCUUUCUUUCUUUCUUUCUUUCUAAAAAUAUUUUAUUUAUUAAUGAGGGACAGGAGGAGAGAAAGAGCCAGACUUAACUCUGGCACAUGUGCUACCGGGGAUUGAACUCAGGACCUCAUGCUUGAGAGUCCAACACUUUAUCCACUGCACCAUCUCCUGGACCACUCCAGUUGACUUUUUUAUUCUUUUUAUUUGAGCUAUAGAGAAAGAGUUAGAUGGGGCGGGGGCGGGGGGAGCUCACUCCACCACCCCUGGACCUCCCCAGUGCCACCUGUCAGGGCUCAAACCCAGAGCUUUGUACAUGGUAAGAUGUAUACCUAUCAGAAGAGCUAUCUCCUGGCCCCUGUUAUGCAUAUAUAUAUAUAUAUAUAUAUAUAUAUAUAUAUAUAUAUAUUUUUUUUUUUAAAGAACAGUGUUUCUUCAGUGUAGAUUUAUGAACACCUUACAGAACAGGAUCUUAACCUGUUUGAGUUAUUCUGCUUCAUAAAAGAGUGAAUGCAAUUGCCGACAUUUUAAAGCAAGAAUGAACUUAAGGACUUGGGUGACCUGGUCUUCUUAUUUUCAGACAUGUGACAAUCAUUGCCCCUACCUGCCCUGGGUAUUGCAUAAAUGUAGCAAAUGGAUUUUUAGCUUUUGUAACCAAAAUGAAGAAAAUAGACUUUUUUUUUUGCUUGUGGAUUUGAGUUAUUACUGAUGCUAUGCUGCUGAUCUGAGUUAUAAAGAAUGAAGUCUCUUCUCCAUAUUUAUUCUUUUGCUGAAAGUAAUGUACAUUAUAUAAAGAUGAUACAUUUUUCAUAAGCCUUUCUAUUUAAAGCUCUUUAUUUAAGCAUUGUUGGAAUAUGUGGCAUACAUCUUCAUUUUGUUAUUUAAUAAACUGGCGUAAUACAAUAAUAAAAAA